UCUCAUAUUACUUUUUAACUUGGUUAUUUUUUUAUGGCGCUUAAAAGAAUUAACAAAGAAUUGAAAGAUUUAGAAAAUGACCCACCAGAAACUUGUACUGCUGGUCCAAUUGAUGAUGAUCUUUUCCAUUGGCAAGCGACAAUUAUGGGUCCCGAGGAUUCUCCAUACAAUGGCGGUAUAUUUAACCUUGAUAUUCGUUUCCCUCAAGAUUAUCCGUUCAAACAACCAAAGGUGACGUUUCAGACAACAAUUUAUCAUCCGAAUAUUGACUGUAAGGGAAAUAUAUGCUUGGAUAUUCUAAAAGACCAAUGGUCGCCAGGACUUACCAUCUCGAAUGUACUCUUGUCAAUUUGCUCAAGGCUAACUGAUCCAAAUCCAGAUGAUCCACUCGCACCCGAAAUUGCUCAUAUAUACAAAACAGAUCGCUCUCGUUUUGAUGAUACUGCUAGAGAUUGGACACGUAAAUAUGCUUCUGAAUAAUAAUAUGCGUUCAAAAUGUUAGUCAGUAUGGUUUAAAUUAGUUUAUACUUUUGUAUUUAUUUAAAUAAAUAAAUUAUUGAUAA